AUGUCAAGUUAAAAUACAAUUUUUAAUUCUACUUAUUAAUAAUAUAUUUAACGCUUCGAAAACAUUUAUUAUAUUCUUUAAGAUGUAUUUUGAAUAACAAAAAAAACAACCAUUAACCAUUACGUGCUUUUUAGAGCAAAAGUGCAUUAUCCUUUAAUUUUUGUUUUUGUUGAAUUUACAUUUAUGUAACACUCCAUUUUCUAAAAAGUGCAUUUAUCAAAGGAAAACAUAUUAAAAUUGAUUACAUGCCUACAUAGUUUGGAAAUUCAUCAGUAUACAUAUACAUAAAUCGAUAUUCACUACUGCAGCAUCAUGUCUUCUUUUAUUGCAAAAUUAAAAUCAACACCAUUGCCACCCUUAAAAAAUGUUCUCAAUGUAGCUCUGCAGACAGCCAGGCAACAAAUGCCUGAUAAAGAUAAACGUGAGUAUGAACAGCCAGGCCAGAACGAUUCGCAAUCGCAACAAUUUCCACAAGCAGCCAGUACAUUUCCGGAAGAAAGUUACAAUGACAAUAUCGAAACGAAUACACUUAAUCCAUUCCGUAAUCCCAAUGGAUAUUUCAGUACGGAGGAUAAUGAACCUAAAGGUGAAGUCCAGCAAACUUCAUUUAUAAAUGAUGAAUAUGAUGGAAGAUAUCAGCAAUCCGAUGGGUACAGACAAAGCAGCAUUGCUUCUGGAGACAGUUCAUUUGUGUGUGAAGGCGAGGGAGGUUCCAGUGCUAAAAUAAACGAAUUUCAAGCAGCGUGGAAUGUAACAAACGCGAUUCAGGGCAUGUUCAUUGUGUCACUGCCUUUUGCUGUCUUACAUGGAGGAUAUUGGGCAAUUGUUGCCAUGGUAGGCAUAGCUCACAUAUGCUGCUACACCGGAAAAAUUCUCGUGCAAUGCCUUUACGAACCGGACCCAAACACAGGACAGCUUGUCCGAGUACGUGACAGUUAUGUUUCCAUUGCAAAAGUAUGUUUCGGUCCAAAAUACGGGGCGAAGGCCGUCAGUGUUGCUCAGAUAAUUGAACUUCUCAUGACAUGUAUCUUAUAUGUCGUUGUGUGUGGUGAUCUUUUGGCGGGUACCUAUCCACAAGGGUCCUUAGAUUCGAGGUCAUGGAUGAUGUUGACUGGCAUCUUUCUCCUGCCACUGGGAUUUCUCAAAUCUCUUAAGAUGGUGUCACUUUUAUCUUUCUGGUGCACAAUGUCACAUUUAGUCAUCAACGCCGUUAUACUUGGAUAUUGCUUAUUGCAAAUCGGAGAUUGGGGUUGGUCCAAGGUCAGGUGGAGUAUUGAUAUGGAAAAGUUUCCAAUUUCUUUGGGUGUAAUCGUUUUCUCCUACACUUCACAAAUCUUCCUGCCAACCUUGGAGGGAAACAUGGUUGACCGAUCGAAAUUCAACUGGAUGUUAGACUGGUCCCACAUUGCAGCAGCAAUAUUUAAGGCCACUUUUGGUUACUUAUGUUUUUUGACAUUUCAAAAUGAUACUCAACAAGUUAUUACAAAUAACUUACAUUCGCAGGGCUUCAAAGGAAUGGUUAAUUUCUUCUUAGUUAUCAAGGCUAUUCUCAGCUAUCCGUUACCAUACUAUGCCGCAUGUGAACUAUUAGAAAGAACAUUCUUUCGUGGACCUCCAAAAACGAAAUUCCCUUCCAUUUGGCAUUUAGACGGAGAACUUAAAGUAUGGGGCCUUGGAUUUAGAGUUGGAGUGAUAUUUGCCACUAUUAUGAUGGCUAUAUUCAUUCCACACUUCUCAAUCUUAAUGGGAUUCAUUGGAAGCUUCACAGGAACUAUGUUGAGUUUUAUUUGGCCUUGCUAUUUCCAUCUGAAGAUCAAAGGACAUUUAUUAGACCAGAAGACCGUAGCUUAUGACUACCUCAUUAUAUUUUUAGGAGUUCUUUUUGGUGUAAUUGGGGUCUAUGAUUCUGGAAAUGCACUCAUUGAAGCAUUUGAAAUAGGCUUACCGUUUUAAAAGUAUUAUCCAUUACCUAGUAAUAAAUUAUUUUACAUGCCUCAUCUUACAUGGCGAAAAUUGAAAACUUGUACACUAAUCCAUUCCAAAUUGUUUUAUUUAAAUUUUAUAAUAGACUUUAACACUAACAAAUAUUCCAUUACCUAUAUAGCCCGGUUAGUGCAGAGUUUGUAUAAGAUUUAAUCAUUAAAAACCUUCUUUUGUAGAUAUUUAGAAAAUUUUCUUAAUUUGAGUCAAUAUUUUACACUCUUAGUUGUUUUAAAAAUACCAGGCUAUUUGGCCACGAAUGAACGAAAUUUCCAAAAACUGGAAAAUAAAUACAAAUUAAUUUAGUUUUACUUUAAAAGACGCCCUUAUGUAUUUAUCCUUAGUUUCGUUUAAGGUGUAGGCAGAAUCAGAGGCCUGGAUUGGACAGUUCCUUUCCUCUGUAUUUGUUCAUACAUUAAUAUUUUAAAGAUGACUUAUGUAUGUUUAGUUCGAAAACUUUUUAUGGGAAAAUAAUUUUGUUUUAUUUUUUAGAAAAUGUGACUGAUUUAAUUACUUUUAAAACAGAUUUUUAAUGAUUAGAUGAUAAACUAUUGAUCAUCUUACUGGGCUACUUUGUUUUUAGUCCAUUAUUAAACUCAUAUUAAACAUUUAAAUAAUAUAUGUAUAUAUCUAAAAUUAAAGUAUCUAUAUGUUUUCAGUUUUUCGAACUGAGUUAAAAUUUAAAAAAAUGUUCGAUUUUUUUGUCGAUGUUAUUCAAAAUAUGAAUGUAAAGUUACUGCAAGUUCAAAUUAUUAUAUACAGAUACAGAGUUUUAAAAUGUAUAUCGUUGAAUUAAUAGUUAAUUAUUGUUUUUGUUUUUUUGACAGCCAAUUUUUUAUUUAGAAUAAUAUUUUAAAAUAAUGUUAAUUAUAUAUAAAGAAAAAGAUACAUUUUUAUUUUGGCUUUAAAUUCCAAAAUUUUAAAUAAUAUACACAAAUAAUUAUAGUUAAUUUCAAAAAAUAAAUCAAAAAGCCAAAUUUACAUAAUAUAUUAUAUGACGUAGCAAGCAAUUAAUAUUAAUGUUAAAAAUUAACUUAAGAUCAAUAAGUGAUAUAUUGAUAUCGAUGUCUUCCAAAAAAGAAACAAGUCUUCCAAUGUUUUUCUUCAAAACAUAUUAUAUCAUAAUAUUAAUAAUUAAAAAAAAAACACUAUAGUAACUUAUGUCUUCCAACAUAUAUUUAAAUAUAAACAUUAUAUAAGCUU